AUGGACGCUUACACCGACAUCGCCAUGUUCACCAUGGACGACAUUGCCGACACCCUCGGCCCCGACUUUGACUCCGAGCACCUGUGCAGCGGUCUAGAAAUCGUUCUUGACUACCUCAACGACGGAAACGAAUACGAGAAGCUUCUGCUCCUCCAAUCUCGCGCCAACCUCUGGGCCCUCGAGUACUUUGACGUCAAGCAGUUGCAGCCCCAACGCGCCGACGUCGUCCUCGAGCACCACCCACGCCUAUUCAACCUAUCCAUCCCAUCUCUUCUCCGUCUCGACCCUGGCUGCGAGAUUAAUCCUCCACUCGACGAAGUCGACGAAGAAGAUGAUGACACGAAGCACCCGUUCCCCGCAUACUGCGAGCCCGUGCUCUUUGACGAUGUCUUUCUCUUCCGCAUCCUCGAGCUCUGCGACGAACAACUCCAGGAUGAGUACCCCGCUGAUGCUCACCACGAUGCUACCACAACAGGAGGAUGCUUCCCUGUGCAUCUCAAGGCCAUGGAUCUCCGUGGAUCGCCUAUUGCACUCUACUUGCCCUGUGUGAUUGCCAACAUUGCCACCAUGGACCUGUCACCACUCGACGAUAUGCCUUCAGACGAUGGCACUGAUGACGGUUUCCUCUCGUCAUCGAUAUCCAGCAACAACACUGCAUCCACAGCAUCUUCAGGACAAGUUGUUGAAUCGGCUACCGAACAAACCAAACCCGACGGGACACCUGCCAAGUCUUACUCACCGGGCAUGUGGCCAGCGUUGGCGUCUUCAUUGACCAAACUGGCUACCGAAUUCGCCCCAAGGAGCUGGAUCACAAGACACUCUCUUGUGAACAAGGCCAUAUUAGACUACGAGUCUGAGCCUGAAAAGGAAGCUGUGGUAGAGUACACAGAUGAAGAGAUGAGCGUCGACGGCGAAGUGGCUUACACUACUGAUGAAGUCAUGACUCCUUCAGACGACAUGGACUUUACCAUGGAGACGGGAGAUGAUACCGACACUACUGUGAAACGAGUAGUUUGCCGUCUUGAAUGA